AGGUGCCGGCGCUCGGCUGGGUGCUGUCCUCCCCUCCCCCGAGGCCGGAGGGGCUCAGGUGCCUUGGCUCUGGCCAGUGCCAUGAUCCGGCAGGAGCUGUCCACAUCCUACCAGGAGCUGAGCGAGGAGUUGGACCAGGUGGUUGAGAACUCUGAGCAGGCAGACGAGCAGGAAGAGGAGACGGUCACAAUCCAAGGCCCGGGUGUCUUACCAGCCCUGGACAGCGAGUCGGCCUCCAGCAGCAUCCGCUUCAGCAAGGCCUGCCUGAAGAACGUCUUCUCGGUCCUGCUCAUCUUCAUCUACCUGCUGCUCAUGGCUGUGGCUGUCUUCCUGGUCUACCAGACCAUCACAGACUUCCGUGAGAAACUCAAGCAUCCUGUCAUGUCUGUGUCCUACAAGGAGGUGAAUCGCUAUGAUGCCCCAGGUCUUGCCCUGUACCCCGGUCAGGCUCAGCUGCUCAGCUGUCAGCACCAUUACGAGGUCAUUCCUCCUCUGAGGAGCCCUGGCCAGCCGGGAGCCAUGAACUGUACCACCCACAGGAUCAACUACACCGACCCUUUCUCCAAGCAGACCGUGAAAUCCGCGCUGAUCGUCCGGGGGCCCCAGGAAGUGAAGAAGCGGGAGCUGGUCUUCCUGCAGUUCCGCCUGAACCAGAGCAGCGAGGACUUUAGUGCCAUCGAUUACCUUCUCUUCUCUUCCUACCAGGAGUUCUUGCAGAGCCCAGACAAGGUGGGCUUCAUGCAGGCCUGCGAGAGUGCCUACUCCAGCUGGAAGUUCUCUGGCGGUUUCCGCACCUGGGUCAAGAUGUCGCUGGUGGAGACCAAGGAGGAGGAUGGGCGGGAGGCGGUGGAGUUCCGACAGGAGACCAGCGUUGUUAACUACAUCGACCAGAGGCCAGCCGCCGAGAAAAGUGCUCAGCUGUUUUUUGUGGUCUUUGAAUGGAAGGAUCCUUUCAUCCAGAAGGUCCAAGAUAUAAUCACCGCCAAUCCUUGGAACACAAUCGCUCUUCUCUGUGGGGCUUUCUUGGCGUUAUUUAAAGCAGCAGAAUUUGCCAAACUGAGCGUGAAAUGGAUGAUCAAAAUCAGGAGGAGAUACCAUAAAAGAAGAGGUCAGGCAACAAACCACAUCAGCUGAGGUCACCUUGUGUUGCCUGUAGAACUGUCAGAGGAGUGGAAGUUCUCGUGACUUCUGCUCGAUAACCAAGCUGCCAGCACUCCUGUAUUCUGAAGAGGUGGGGACAACCUGUCAAACUGGAACGUCUAACCUGGCCCAAAAAAUGCUGUUCAGAGCCUCGUGGAACGGACCCAGUGAAUAACCUCAAAGUUAUUUAAGUAUUUAUUAGUGAACAUUUAAAAAGAUGUCCAGUGACAUAUGGAUAGGGUUUGUAGAAGGAGGAUGGAAAUGGAUAUCUAUCAAGUUUUCUGAAAGUUACUCAGCUGUGGGAGAUGCCUUUCUUCCGGUUGGGCUUGGUGUACUGGUAAACUCACACAUACAUUCUACCUUGGGUCCCUCUGAGGUUUUUAAAGUGGACGGAAGAGUGUGAUUUUCUUUCUCCAGAAAACUCAGCUGUCCAGAUGUGUGGGUCAUGCUUUGAAACCUGUUCCUGUAGGCAAGAAAAGGCAAACCUCGUGUCCCUGGCACUGUCUGCCGUCUGCACUCUCCAGCCUCUGACAGGUUCUCUCAUGAGUUAAGUGAGACUUUAAAAGCGACUGGAAACUAGUAACUAAACAUCUUGUGGACUCGCCAGCUACUUACCUGUUGAUGCAGGUGUCGGAUUGCGUAACGCGCAGACGCACUACGGCAGUUGAACGUAGUAGGCGCCAACUCAGUAUGUUUCGACGAUUUCAUUAACGUAGAAAAAAAUUCAGGCUAAUAAAAUUGAGUAUGCUGGCACGAAUAUCAGGAGCCCUGGUGGUGCAGUGGUUGAAGCACUCAGUGGUACUUUAGUUGCUCCUCGGGAGAAAGAUGUGGCAGUCUGCUUCCAUAAAGUUUACAGCCUUGGAAACCUGUGGAGCAGUUCUCCUCUGUCCUGUAGGGUCGCUGUGAGUCGGAACUGACUCGACGGCAGUGGGUUUUUUGCUUUGGCACGCUAGAUCAGCAGGCACCAAUGCUCUUUCAUCCUGUGACCUCCAGUCAUAAAAGGUAGCAUGAGUCUAGAGUCCCGAAAUGGAGCCAAGGUUAUAACUGCUUACAGAAGAGUAGGUUGGGCAUGCUGAUGGAUGAGGAUGGCCAGGAAGGGGGACUAUCAGGCCCCAUGGGUAAGCUUGAGAAGCAGGCCUUCAGCCUAGCCUCGGACAACAUGAGUACUUAAGACAGAAAACCACUGCAGUAUUUUUCACAUGGUAGCCAUGGGCUGAUUUAAGGUUAUAAAAGUUACCAGAGAUUUAAUUUACAUGCCCUUUGCAUCCAAAAGGACUUAGUAGCAUUUCUUAACCUGGCUUUAGAUAAUUCAAAGAAAAAAACUUCUAUGAGUAAGCCACUUUUAUCUCGUCUAACUUAGCAGCAGAAAUUGUUUGGUUGAACUAUUGAAAGUGAACUGUGUGAAGAAAUACUCCCUACUACUAUUGAGAUGGAAACUCUGGUGGCGUAGUGGUAAAGUGCUACGGCUGCCAAUCAAAAGGUCGGCGGUUCAAAUGCACCAGGCACUCCUUGGAAACCUUGUGGGGCAGUUCUGCUCUGUCCUGUAGGGUUGCUAUGAGUCAGAAUCGACUCAGUGGCAAUGGGUUUUAGGUUUUGGGUGCUUUUGAGAGGUCAAACUUUAGCCAGGGUCUCUUCUCUAAAAAAUCUUACUUUUAGGGCAAAUGCAAAGCCAUGCAUAAAAUUUAUAAACACGAGAGCUUACAUUAAAAGCACUGAAAACAAGUUUGUGGUUUUUUUCUUUUAAGGUAUAGGUAGUCCCCAACUUACCAUGUAUUCUAGUUACGAGGAACCGCACUCAGCGACUGUCUUUUUGUGGUCUGUCUUAGUAAUACGUACUACACACAGUGUUGUAGCACAUAAUGUGCUGAUGUUAGUCAUUCUCAGAUGUUCAUGAGCAGAAGUUGAGUGUUACUGUUUACUGUUCAAAACACUUGAUGAAUACCAGGCUAUGGGGAAAAAAAUAGUAUUUGUCUUAGGCUGAGUAUUCUAGAGAACCAAAACCAGUGAAGUGUAUGUGUAAAUAUUUACAGAGAGAUUUAUCUCAAGGAAAUGGCUUACGUGGCUGUGGAGGAUGACAGGUCCCAACUCCAUGGUCAGGCAUGAGGCUGGAGGCUUCGCCUGAUUCAUGUGGUUGCAGGGGCUCGUGAACCCAAAAUUGGCAGGUCAGAUAAGCUGUUGGCCCACGGGGCUGUGGAAACUGAUGAAUCCUAGAAUCGGCAGUCAGACAGCAGGCUGUUGGUUCAACUCCCAAGAACCAGAGGUCAGAUGGUGAUGAGCCAUAUGCAGGAUCCAGAGCUAACUUUAUUGCUAGAACAUCCGUAUAUAUAUAGGAUGCAGGCCACACCCCCGAGGAAACUGCCCUUACAACUGACUGGCUGAUCACAUCACAUCAUGGAGGAGGAUUACAUCAGAUUAUAACAUGGAGGAUGACUGCAUCAUUAUGUAACUGCCAAACCACUGAGAAUCAUGGCCCAGCCAAGUUGACAGGCAACCCUAACCAUCAUAGUCCACCCCUUGUCAAGUUGGCACCUGUGCACAUCUUAAACCACAAUCUCUAAAUGCAAUUACAGAGUCAUAUUUGCACCUCACAUGAUAUAACAUGUACAGCCGAAAACGUACUAGCCCCAUUUACAUCUUAUAAGGGAGGAAAGAAAACAAUUUAUUCUGCUGUGCCCUGUAGGGUUGCUGGGAGUCAGAAUUCACUUGACAGCAACAGGUUUGGUUUUUUAUAUAUAUACACAUAUUCACAUAAAAAACAAGAAGUAUAACAAUUAGUCUUCCUUUCUGCAACUGGUCACAUGGUCGUAGCUAGUACUUAGAACCUACCUUCUUCCACCACCCAUUCCGUAUUCCCUUUACCCUCAGCAAGCACCUCAGCUGGUUGUGGUUCUUUGCCUGGUGGGGUGACCCAAGCCUUCAUUCAUGAAGGGUCUGGGCCAUUAGUAGUCAUAUUGGAAUUAGGUUGCUGUAGUUUUCCACUGACUUCAAUCACAGGGCCUGGCAGUAUUAAGAGACGCCCCAAAGGAUCUCCUGCAUUCCAGAUACACUCUUCACCUCCAUUGUGUAGUAUCAAUCCAGUUUCCUCUUGGUAAUCAGGAUUAAUCACACCAGCCAAUAUGGUAACUCCCUUCUUUGCCUGUUGAUCCAGAGGCAUAAGGAGCCCCAAAUGGCCAGGUGGCAUUCUUCCAGUUCAGUGGAAUCAGUGUUGUGUCUCCAGGUGGGAGCAUUCCUCCCUUUGGAACUAAGACUUCUAGGUCUGCAGAGCAUAGGGUCACGGGGACAGGAAGCAAAAAUCUUGGGAGUGGUUCAGUAGGGGUAAUAGUGGUGCCACUCCCAUUUCGACCCCUUGAUUCCUGGAUCUAUGAAUCCUGGCUAUGGGAGAAACAGCACCAUACAUUGGAUGCUGGUUUACAGCAUAUACAGCCUCCUGGAGAGCAUUGC